UAAACCUAACCUAAACCUAACCUUACUUUGAGGAGUAAUUCCUUUUUUCCUCAAAGAUUUUCUUAGUUAUGGAAUGGAGAAAAGAUUUCAUGAAUAGCAGAGCAAUUUCAUUGCAUUCGUUUUAACGCCGACUGAUAUUGGAAUUACGAGCAAUGAAGGGAAAGAACCAUAAUGUGUACGCUGCCUAUUGGAGUUAAUACAAAUAAACGAAUUAUAUCUGCUAAAUGUCGUAGAUUGGCUAUUCAAGAAAAUCUGAAGAAAGACACGAUUCGCAUUCAAUGCCAUACUUUUCCUCAGUAUUACAUAGAAUACAUAUCACAGAGAAUAUCUAACGAAUGCUUAAUGCACGUGACAAUUCCUGGAAAGUCACAUGUCACGAAAAACCAUAAAGUACCGAUUUAUUUUUGAUGAGCUAUACCUGGUCGCGUAAAAGUACAAACCUGG